UCACGUUUUUCGUUAUACCAUAUUUAAUAAAACAAAACAAUCCAGUAAAAGACUCUAAGAUUGUUUGCUAAAUUUAUGCAAGAUGCCCUAUCUAUAUGGAAUAGCGGACACCAAGUUCCUCCACCAGAAGGUGAAAAAGAAGACAAAGAUCCGUUCGGAUAUGGCACCCACCAAGUUCCAACGGAAUGAGUUCCUAAAGGGCUGUCCCAAGUACGAUGGGGACGAUAUACCCAUACAGUUCAGGACGACACCCGAUUCUCUCGUGGAACUGAGCAUCAUUGUGGUGGACAAGCUGCCAUUGCCUUCGAUAUUCGAAUGGGAUGACAUGGACAUCAGGCGCUGGAUCAAUGGCUACGGAUAUCCACAGUACAUGAACACUUUCCGGGUGAACAUGAUCACGGGUCGCAAGCUACUGCUCCUGGACGCCUCCGCUCUGUGUGCGAUGAACAUCAAGAAUUUCGAUCACAUCCGUCACAUAUCCUAUGGCAUCCGUAUGCUCUUCCACUUCGAGCUGACGAAGUUCUCAUCCAGCAUCUCGCUGCCGGACGAGAAGCCCAAUGAGCUGUACCUGCUGUUCCACACGCAGACCGGAGUAAACUAUGACGAGGUGCGCAGGAGUGAUCUCUACCGACGGAUGCAGAUGCUACGGGAGCGGGCCCGCAACCUGGACCACUGGGAUCUACUGUACCUGUGGCUGCGCCACGAGCAGGAGCGCAAGUACAAGGAGCUCAUCGGCAUGGUACCGCGCUUCACGAUGUACAAGUGCGAGGAGGCGGCAAAGCCGCCGGAGGAACCCGAGGACAUGGAACCCGAGGAACUCAUGUGCAUGACCUGCAUUCCGCCGUGCGACUGCGACUGGACCGCACGGGAUCUCCGGCUGCCGUGGCGAUUGGAGUGCCUGCCGCCCAUGCUGGAAACCACCAUGAGCAAGUGGAACGCCUUGCAGGCGCAGUGCUCCACCUGCAUCCCGCCGUGCGAGUGCCGCUGGCCACCGCGAUUCUAUCUCACGGGCACCGUCAUUCGCUGCCUGCAGCAGCGGUUCCCGGAGAAGUUCUGCCCCAUCUUCGACGAACGGUACAGGGCCUCGCCGCGACCCAGUCUCGUGGAGCGCUGGACGCGAUUCUCCAUUUGAUGCGGUACUUUUUAUUUCAUAGAUAUGGUAUUCUAUAUUUAAGCUAUGUAAAGAUCACAGUUUAUAUCACAAAGACAAGUUCUGAAUGCG